UUGACGACAUAUAAGAAAUAAUGGAUGUCAAAAUAAAGUAGAAUUUUCGAAAAUUUCGUAAGAAAUCACGUUCUAUGCUACAAAUAAUAUAAAAAAAGAGACUGAAAUAUUUACACUAAUUUUAAUCUCUUUAAAAAUAAAUAAAAGAUAAAAAUAAAAAUGGCACCAAGUAAAGCAGAGAAAAGGGCUAAGAAAGAAGCGAAGAGAUUACAAAAAUUAAAAGCUGAGGCUGAGGCACGAAAAAAAAUAAAACGUGAGGAAUUACAACGAGAAAUGGCAGCACAGGCGAUGAAGAAAGGCGAAAUAGACAAAACUUGGAAGGAAAUGAUGCUAAAGAUUAAAGAGCCAGUAUUUAAACAAGAUAUUGAAAUCAUGUGGCAUACAUUUGAACGGGCUUAUGAUAAAAAAGAUCACCUCAUAAAGUACAUUAUUAAGUUGAUGAACAUAGCGGAUGAUCAAUUUCAAAGAACUGUUGCUAGUUUUUGUGACACAAUUGAUACCAUGAUUAUUAAGUUUCUUGCCGAUUUGGACGGGAUGUCAAUGGAGAACAAUAGUAGAACUGGUGCACUUUUAAAAUCUGGAGAAGUCGAUGCAGCAAAAAUUUCAACAGACCAUGAUUGUGCAGAAUCAAAUCUUCAGUUGUUACUAUAUCAUGCUCACACUACUUCCGAUGCGCUUGCUUGGUCUACCAGAGGAGAAAAUUUAGUAAAAGAAGAUGAGGACAGAAACAACUAUGCUAGUGAACGCGAAAACUUACGGGCCCUAUUAGAAAAUAAUUAUAGUAACAUGUGGGACGAUUACAAAGCAGUGCUUAAGCAAUACGUCAUAGAAACAGCUGAUAAUCAAAAGCAGGUACGUACACUUCGUGUUAAAGAAAACUUAAUGGCCGACAUUAUUGCAUCUCAGGCAAAGAAAAUUGCAAAUAGUGAUGGAAUGCUCAAGCGCCUUCGCACAGAACUUUCAGCUUACGAAUCCGGGACCAAGCAAGCAGUUUUUAGGGAUCGUAGAAAUAGACAUAGAGCUGCUUGUCAUCGUCUUAAGAAAAAUCUGUACGAUGGAGUCGCAAUCGAUAUGAGACAAUUGGCAAAAUUGGUGCGAGAUUCUGAUGAUGCAGUAGAAUGGCUGGAAUCAGCUCAUAAAAAAGUUGAAAAAAUACUUCGUCUUGCUGCUUUAUGCCGUAAAUUUGAAACACAACGCGAAAAAGUGUUGCCUUUUGGUAUUAAUGACCCAUACUCACCAACACAGUCACAGAUUAAUGUUCGGAAACAACAAUCAGACGAUUCGCUAGUCGUUAAUGCUAUGGCCACUACUUGUGGUUUAACUCGAUUGUGGCAGAAGAUAUCGAAAGUAGAGCUAUCCAAAAGAGCACUUAUGCGAGAGAAAAUCUUGUUAGAACACGAAAACGCGAUCAUAAGAUCGAGAAUUACUGAAUAUAACGAAAACAAAUUUGCACCAGAAACACAAAAUGUUUGUUUAUGUACAAAAUCUAUUCAUGGGUCAAACGAACGACCCGUUGCAAUUGAAGGUGCUUUAGAAAAGCGGAAAUUUGUUUGAUGUAAUCCAUUACAACUAUUACCCAAAAUAAAAGCAUCUUACGGCUUA